AUGGGCAAGGGAAUGAGGAUAGGAGUGUUGGCAUUGGUUUGGAUUUGUGUCUUAGGGGGAAGUUUGGUUCUUGCUAGAGAUUUAAAAAAUGAGGAUGAGAAGUUUUUUUGGAUGGGUAAGGGAGGUGGAUUUGGUGGAGGGUAUGGUAGUGGGGUUGGAAUAGGUGGAGGCAUGGGUAAGGGUGGUGGAGUUGGCAAAGGAGGUGGAGGUGGAGGAGGGUUUGGUAAGGGUGGAGGCAUAGGAGGUGGAUAUGGAAAGGGUGGAGGCUUUGGAGGUGGAUUUGGAAAAGGUGGUGGCAUUGGAGGAGGAUUUGGAAAGGGUGACGGCAUUGGAGGUGGAUUUGGAAAAGGUGGUGGCAUUGGAGGAGGGUUUGGUAAAGGCGAUGGCUUCGGAAAAGGUGGCGGUAUUGGAGGAGGGUUUGGAAAAGUUGGUGGCUUUGGAAAAGGUGGUGGCUUUGGUAGCGGCUUUGGAGGAGGAUUUGGAAAAGGUGUUGGCAUCGGAGGUGGAUUUGGAAAGGGUGACGGCAUUGGAGGUGGAUUUGGAAAGGGUGACGGCAUUGGAGGUGGAUUUGGAAAAGGUGGCGGCAUUGGAGGAGGGUUUAGUAAAGGUGGCGGCAUUGGAGGAGGGUUUGGAAAAGUUGGUGGCUUUGGAGGUGGAUUUGGAAAAGGUGGUGGCUUUGGAGGAGGAUUUGGAAAAGGUGGUGGUAUUGGUAGCGGCAUUGGAGGUGGAUUUGGAAAAGGUGGUGGCAUUGGUAGUGGCUUUGGAGGAGGAUUUGGAAAGAGUGGUUGGAUUGGAGGAGGGAUAAGCAAAGGUGGAGGAGGAUAUACAAGGGGUGGAGAUUGUAUUAGCAAAGGUGGGAGCAUUGGUGGUGGCGUAGGCGAAGGAUUUGGUAAAGGUGGUGGCAUUGGCGAAGGAUUUGGUAAAGGUGGUGGCAUUGGCGAAGGAUUUGGUAAAGGUGGUGGCAUUGGCGGAGGAUUUGGUGGAGUUGUUGGAGGGGGAUUCGCUAAAGGUUAUAAUGGCAUUGGAGGUGGUAUUGGCAAAGGCGGUGGCAUUGGUGGAGGAUUCGGUAAAGGCGGUGGCAUUGGGGGAGGAGGCUUUGGCAAAGUUGGUGGAUUUGGAGGUGGAAUAAUUGGAGGACAUCACUAA